UCUUGAGCUAGCGAGCGGGCGCGCCAUUCCCUUCCUGGAUGGCGACCCUCGCCUUCAUAAGACGAGCGGCUUCAUCAGCGUUGUCGUCCUCAGAUCACGGCAGACCCCUCGGUCUCAACGUGAUCCUUCAUCUCAAGACUGGCCUCCUCAGCGUCGAGCGUCUUGAGCUAGCGAGCGGGCUCGCCAUUCCCUUCCUGGAUGGCGACCCUCGCCUUCAUACGACGAGCGGCUUCAUCAGCGCCGUCGUCCUCAGAUCACGGCAAACUCCUCGGUCUCAAUGUGAUCCUUCAUCUCAAGACCGGCCUUCUCAGCGCCGAGCGUCUUGAGCUAGCGAGCGGGUUCGCCAUUCCCUUCCUGGAUGGAGACCCUCACCUUCAUACGACGAGCGGCUUCAUCAGCAUCCUCAUCCUCAGAUCACGGCAGACCCCUCGGUCUCAACGUGAUCCUUCAUCCCAAGACCAGCCUCCUCAGCGCCGCACGUCUUGAGCCAGCGAGCGGACUCGCCAUUCCAUUCCUGGAUGGCGACCCUCGCCUUCAUGCGACGAAUGGCUAAUCCCCACUGUCGUCCUCAUGUCCAGAUAGACGUCCACCGCCUCGUCCUCAGAUUCAGACAGGCAUCCAUCGCCUCGUCCUCAUAUUCGGACCGACUCAUCAGAGCCGUCGUCCUCACCACCAGGCGGGCGUCCCCUCAGCAGACGGACACCACUGCAGCUCCACACCCAGGCCGGAGGGUUCACCCCCUUGGAGUUCAUUUUGGGGAAUCCAGUGUGCUCUUUUUCCCUCAUUAGGAUUUUUUCCCACAAGGUUUUUCCUAAUGAGGUUUUUAACGAGGCAUCGCCCCAUUGUGAAUCAAAAGGUGUCGACCCUCGGCCCCCUAUUUGAAGACGUGCAUUGCUUAUUCCACUUCACCUCACUAUAUGAGCCUCGAGGAGUGGGGGACUGGGGGACUAUAUCGGCCUCCACAUACAUGAAAACAUCCAGAAAGCAACAACAAGCAAGGACUACCAAGUGGUACCUCCGUCGGCCAUGUCUCCAUCGGCCAGAGGAAGGUCUGGGGGACUAUAUCGGCCUUCAGCACAAAGAUAAACCACUUCAAAAAUGCAACAAACACAAGCCCAUGACAAUGGUACCUCAACGUCUAACAGCCAUGUAGUCACCCUUCGGCCAAGCCGAAGCGCAAAGCAGGACACACAUCGUCCUCAAUGUCAAGGACACACAUCGUCCUAAAGAUCAAGGGCACGUAUCGUCCUCGAAGUCAAGGACACUCCCUGUCCUCAAGGCUAAUGGCACACAAUGUCUCCGGGACAACGACAUUCAUCGUCCAUAUCACGAACAAAACAAAUGUGCCACGAACGUCCGCAACUGUACGAUCCAUCAGCCAAAGUCCAAAGCACAAAGCCAUGGACGUCCUCAACCAUGUGAUCCACCGUCAGUCAGAAUGACAAGGACACCACAGACGUCCACCCUCGGCCAAGCCAAAGCGCAGAGCAGGACUUUCUUCAUCCACAAAUCCAACGACAGCCAAAGAGAGGUCAUAUCACCUUCACGGCUGAGACCGCGCAUCGUCCUAGAAAUGAAGGACAUCCAUCGUCCUCGAAAUGAAGGACAUUCAUCGUCCUUGAAAUGAAGGGCAUUCAUCGUCCUCGAAAUGAAGGGCAUUCAUCGUCCUCAAAAUGAAGGACAUUCAUCGUCCUCGAAAUGAAGGGCAUUCAUUGCCCUCGAAAUGAAGGACAAGGCUGCCAACAAUUAUGGCACCGCCUCGGCCAGGAACACUAGAACUCCCAGGUAACCCUCCGUCGACCAAAGCGUCAGAACAACAAGGAUCUACUCCCUUUCACUUCGUCUGCAUCUCAGCUCAGAGAGUGGGGGACUCCUGAUGGAGUAUAUGGGUCCAGACCCCAUGACCCACAUACUUAGAAGGCUAAGAGGAGCACAACUGUCAUCCAGUGAGCCCUCUGUCGGCCAGAUGGCACCCCAUCGGCCGAAGAAGAGUCAACCCGAAAUACGCUCCAGGAGCCAAGGAGAAGACUUGUCCUCCGUCGGCCAGUGCCCCCGUCGGCCGAGCGUCUCCGUCGGCCAUGUCUCCAUCGGCCGAGCGUCUCCGUCGACCGAGCGUCUCUGUCAGCCAGAAAGAACUUACAGAACUAGACUUCUAAUGUAAUAAGCCCAGUAGAGGCUCUAUAUUGUAAUGGGCCUCCCAAGCCCAAGACUUAGGAGCCCAACCCACUUUUUUCCUAUAAAUACUCCCCUUGGGAGAAGUUGUAGGGGUUCAGAAAUCAUUAAUACAACCCACUUCUCUCUCUAGCUCUCCCUUCUCUCUAGAUAAUUAAUCUAUCACCAAUCUUUUUUUUGAAAACUUUUUAUCCAUGCCUUAUCAAAUCUUACAGUGACGUAGGAGCUAAAUGUAACCGUUGAUUUAGGUAAGCUAGUGACCUAACCUGAAGUCACUUCAUUAUCCUCACCUCCAAACCAUCCCACUCGAGUAACAAAAAUGAUGUUUGUACCCACUCUUAUACACACUUUUGUACCCACCUAUGUUUGUGAAAGUUUUCUUUUUUGUCUGUGAACCGGGCUCACAGACAAAAAAAGCUUCACAAACAUGAUGGGUAUAAGGUGGGUAUAAGGGUAGGUACAUCAAGAAUUGUUUCUCAACUAAUCCCUCUUAAUGAGCACCAAUCAUCCCUCAUUUUUUCUUUGAAAAAGGCACCAAAUGGGUAUGCACACUCUUGCCUGGAAGCCUCCAUGAAUUACAUGUGUUGUUACGAAUAGUUACCAAAUGCACUCCAAGAAUUAUCUCCUACAAGUGUUGAAAAAAGUCCAAGCUCAUAACUCUAGGUCUCAAAGACAUGCAGAAAACAUCAUUAAUAUAAGUAACAAAAAUCUUAUGAGAAAUUAAAGUAACAUUGACCGAAGGGGAAGAAUAGAGCAGUAUGGAAACUUUUGUGUAGACUUUAUUUAUCGAGUCUUUUCCGUUUGGUCCUUACUUUGAUCAAUAAUAUUCCUACAUCAUAAAAACCCCAUCAAGUAACAAAAUUCAAUGGGGAAUGUUGAAACUAAUUCAACACGAAAAAGUAAAUAAAUGUAUAAAAACUAUAUGAGCACUGGAUUUUUACGUGGAAACACAAAAGAGUGAAAACCACGAGCCUUUUCAGGCUAAUGUCCAAGUCACUAUCUUUUUAUUAAUCUCUCUUCACCAUUUACAUUGUACAAGUACGAGGCUCAAGUAGCCAUCAAUGGAGUUGGAAGCUUUCUAGAGAGAAGGGGUGGAGAAGAGGAGAAACAUCCAAAUACGGAGUAGCCAUCGGUUUUUCAAAAACAGAUUGUUCUUUCAUGCAGACACAGAAUUAGACUCACUUGCUGGAGGGAAAAUUGAUGCAUAGCCAUCAGACAAAGGAAUUUCCCGAGUCUUAUAACUAGCAUUCAGUUGAGUGUAGUUAAAUGAGAUCUCAGUCUUAGAAUUAGUGGGUAGAACUUUAAGAGUAGGAAAAAGCGUAAAUUGCC